AUGGGGAGGAAAAAGAUCCAGAUAGCACGGAUUAUGGAUGAACGCAACAGACAGGUGACGUUCACCAAGAGGAAGUUUGGCCUGAUGAAGAAGGCGUACGAGCUAAGCGUGCUGUGUGACUGUGAGAUCGCCCUCAUCAUCUUCAACAGCACCAACAAGCUGUUCCAGUACGCCAGCACCGACAUGGACAAGGUGCUGCUCAAGUACACCGAGUACAACGAGCCUCACGAGAGCAGGACCAACUCUGACAUCGUGGAGACUCUGCGAAAGAAGGGUCUAAAUGGCUUUGACAGUCCCGACAUCGAGGCAGACGACUCUGCUGGUCAGAGCCCCGAGUCAGAGGAUAAAUACCGCAAGAUCAACGACGACAUCGACCUCAUGAUCAGCAGACAGAGACUCUGUCAGGCUCUCCCCCCCUCUAACUACGACAUGGUUGGCUCCAUCCAGGGCCAAAAUAACAGCGGACUACUCUACUCUCAACCUGGGGCGGGGGGUUCCUUAGGAAACCACAAUCUGCCGCCCCUCUCGCACACACACCCCGGGCUGCAGAGGAACAGCAUGUCGCCUGGACCCCAACACACACACCGAACCCCCAGCGCUGGAAACGCAGGAGGGAUGAUGGUCUCGGAGCUGUCUAACGCCGUCUCUAACACUGGUAAUGGUAGCUAUGGUAACCACCGUCACUCUCCGGGGCUGCUGUCUCCGGGAUGUGUGGCCAAAGGCAUGCAGGCCAAGACUCCGCCCCUGAUGACCUCCAUGACCCUGAGUGGUAACCGCAAGCCAGACCUCCGCACGCUGCUGCCCCCUGGCAACAGAAACAACAUGCCCUCAGUCAACCAGAGAAUAAACCACUCCCAGUCUGCCCAGUCUUUGGCUACUCCUGUGGUCUCCAUAGCAACACCUACUCUGCCCGGGCAGGGUAUGGGAGGGUACCCCUCUGCCCUCUCCACCUCCUACGGCACAGAGUACUCUCUGGGUGACCUGAGCUCUCUGUCAGGCUUCGGAGGGAACGGCUCUGGGUCAGUAUCAGGCUGGCAGCAACAACAGCUACAGAACAUGCAGCACUCAGCAUUAGGACACAUGGGAAACCUUUGUCAGAGCUCCAACCUCAACCUCCAGAAUGUUCACCAGAACCUUCACAUCAAGUCAGAGCCCGCCUCCCCGCCCAGGGAUCGAGGCAUCGGAUUUGUCAGCGGAGGGAUGGGGGCCGUGUCCCAGGGCUACCUAACAAAUCAAGGCCCAGCCGAGGCAGGGCGGUCUCCUGGCGACAGCCUAUCCAGCUGUGGGAGCUCUUACGACGGCAGCGACCGCGAGGAUCACCGCGGAAACGACAACUUCCUGCUGCGCCCGAUGUCCAAUCAGGAGGGACGCCACAGCCCGUCCGUCAAACGCAUGCGCCUAUCAGAAGGCUGGGCCACAUGAUAAGGCCCACCCCUGAUGAUUCACUGAGGGGGGGGGGGGCUUGUGUAGAGUUACCUUUAGUGUUACCCUGACUAUUAUUAAUUCUGUGUCCAAAACGGCAACCUAUUCCCUACAUAGUGCUCUUGCCAAAAAGUAGUGCACUUUAUAGAGAAUAGGGUGUGAUUUCAGAUUUGGCCUAUAUUCUUCUUGUGCAGAGUGAGAGUGUUACACUAUAACAGGGACAUUAUAUACAGGAGUGUGUGUGUGUGUGUGGGGGGGGGGGGUUAUAAUAGAGACAUAAACUGUGUCUCAAAUGGCGCUCUAUAGCCCAUGUAGUGCGCUACCUUUGGCCAAAAGUAGUGACAUCGCAUGGGACAUAGGGAGUUACUUGAGACGGCAGUGACAUGCAAGGAGUGAGGGUUGAUAUGGAGUGGUGGGAGUCUGUAUGGGAGGGUGGGGGAGGGGGGUUGCAAUUUCUUGCGUUGUGUGUUUGUGAGGGAGGGAAUAAGUCAAUGAAUAUGUACACUAUGUAAACUAACUAAGAAAAGGUUGAAGAUGUCUGGUACUCUGUAUGGCCAAUCUAUUGGUGAGUUCAGUAAUAUACUAGGAGACACAAGGACAGGCACUGAGGAGUGGACACGUCACGGUGGAUUUGUGUGUGUGUGGAUGAGUGUCUACGUCUGUGAGUGUGUGCACACUGGUGUGUGUGUGUGUGUGUGUGUGUGUGUGUGUGUGUGUGUGUGUGUGUGUGUGUGUGUGUGCCAUGUACUACCUAGGCCCAGUCUGCAGCUGGCUGACUAGCAGACAGAUAAUGCGAGUGUUCACUACAACUCGUGCAUGUUGCAGGUUCAACGUAUUCAUGUAUAUAACGAGGGAGGGUAGGCAGAGAAAGAGAGAGAACGGGACAGAGUGACAAAGGCAGGAAGAAAGAGAGGGAUGGGGGGGCAGAUGGAAGAGAGGGAUGGGGGAGGGGGGGGGACAGAUGGAAGAGAAAGACAGAAAAGAAGAUGGCGACAGAGGGAUAAAGAGACAGCGAGAGGAGAGUGAUAGGGGGAGAGAGGAAGAGAGACAGGGAGGAAGCCAUUAUGCAACAGGUUGCACAGAGCUGGAACAAAUAGAAUAAGAAGUCAUUCUAAUAUUCAAAUUCUACGGCUGGAACCCUGGACAACUAGAAUAUCUCACUUGAAGUGAAGAAGCGUAGGAAUCGUAGUUCAAUUCAGUCAAAAUACUUUUUAAGAGCCAUAUGCUGACCAAUAUAAUCUGGGUCGUAUACAGUACGGUGUUACUCAUCCAGAUAUACAAUACAGUUUGCAUUGUAUAAGAAAUGCUUCGUUUAGUCAAUUGAGAUUGAGCCAGUGUGUGAGAGUGUGUGAGAGUGUGUGAGAGUGUGUGAGAGUGUGUGAGAGUGUGUGAGAGUGU